AUGUGGAAAAAUUUGCUUCAACUUGCGUUGUUAUUAAUUUCUUUGGCCAACUAUGUAAAUGGACAAGCCAAAAUUGUAGGUGGAUCAGACACUCCAAUUUCUGCCGCACCAUAUACAGUUAACAUAAGGCUUAAGAGCACCGGUGAACUGAUAUGUUGCGGAACCUUAGUUUCCUCCAAUAUGGUGAUAACAGCUGCAACCUGUCUUAAAGAUAAAUACACAAUUGAUCAGUUAACUAUCCAAGGCAAUACCAACGAUUUCUCAGCGACUGGUACUAGACGUAAUGCGGACUUGCUAAUUUAUCCAACAGCCUUUAAUAUCACAACUUACAAUUUUGAUGUGUGUAUGUUGAGAUUGAAAACAGCCAUGCCAAGCACACUCACGCCAGCAGUAUUGGGUACUAGCGGUGUUUCAGCUGGUCAAGCAUUAAAGUUAUACGGUUGGGGACUAACCAGUGAAGGUGGUUCACCUUCAAAUAUUCUACAAACAACCACAGUUAACGCAAUAUCUAAAGCUCAAUGCCUCCUCUCCUAUGAACUGACAGAAACCAUGUUCUGUGCAAAUGCUCCGGGUAAAGAUGGAUGUGACAAAGAUUCUGGUGGUCCAGUCGUAAAUGCUAACAAUCAAGUGGUCGGUAUUAUGUCUUGGGGAUAUGGUUGCGGUCGUGCCGAUUACCCACGGGUUUGUACUAGUAUUGCCAAAACAGCUGAUUGGAUUAAUUAUUGCAUUUCUACAUAUGGUUAA